AUGAUACUACGGGAUGACGAUGAUACACCUUCACCUUUACCAUCUCCGUCUAGAUCUUCAGGGUAUUUACAAAUUGAAAAUGACGAGGAAUCUACCUUAGAUUUGUUUAUUUGUUUUUGCAGGAUUGAUCGUACUCUUAUUGAACAAUUAGAACGGGAGGUCUUUAAAUUUAAAAUUUUUAUAACCAAUAAAAGUGUGCCAAUUAAUCGAUGUGCAACAUAUAAAUGCUUAAUGUUACAACUUUUAGAAGGUCUGGCGAUAGUUCAUGAGCAUGGAAUACUAGAUAGAGAUAUCAAAUGUAAUAAUAUUUUGCUGAACAAUCGUGGUGAACUCAAAUUGGGUACUUCAGAAUUACUGGAAAUAUUAUUUGUCGGUGGGGAUCUUGCAUUAUAUUAUAAUUCACGUCAUCUUUUUCGACCUUUAACUAUCAAUAAAAAUUUUCUUUACAAGAAGCGAGUCAUGGAAUCAACAUAG